GUAUCUUCCUUUGCUGUCCCACGCAUUAAUAAUAAAACACAAUUCAUAUUUUUUUUUUCUUAUAAUAUAACUAUAAUCUCUUAAUUAAAAAUAAAAAUUGACACGAUAAAGGAAAACCUCAGUUUUAGGCUAGCCCCGCGCUUUUCUCUCUCCUCCUCUCUCCGAAGAAAUCAUCUCUCUUUCAUUCUUCUUCUCCACAAAUUUUCCUUUUUACUUUAGAUAUAUAUAAUUAAUGUCUGCCAGAAUUUUUCUUUCUUGAUUGCCCUUUGAACUUCACGAAAAGGCCUUUUGCAUCCAGCUGAAAGAAUGGAUGCGAAAGGGAGCGAAUCCGAAAUAAUAUCAUCUGAGAUCCUUGAGGACUCCAAGUCGAAGGGUUUAGCGGCUGCCCAUGGGAGCAUAAGCAGCAAGGACAUGAUUUUCCGGGCAGAUAAGAUCGAUCUCAAGAACCUGGAUUUGCAGCUUGAGAAACACUUGAGCCGAGUUUGGUCAAGAAACACAGACAACAACGAGAACAAGAACAAGCCGAAAGAGAUUUGGGAAAUCGACCCCUCCAAGCUCGAAAUUCGAUACCUUGUGGCUCAGGGGACUUAUGGGACGGUGUAUAGGGGAACCUAUAAUUCUCAGGAUGUUGCUGUGAAACUAUUGGAUUGGGGAGAAGAUGGCAUGUCCACAGCUGCCGAGACUGCCGCACUUAGAGCCUCAUUUAAGCAGGAAGUUGCUGUCUGGCACAAGCUCGACCACCCGAAUGUCACUCGAUUUAUUGGUGCUUCGAUGGGGACUUCGCAAUUUAAAAUUCCUUCAAAAAACCCGUCCGAGGGUUUUACAACACUACCCUCGAGGGCGUGUUGUGUCGUCGUGGAAUUUGUUACUGGUGGGACCCUCAAGAACUUUUUGUACAAGAACAGGAAGAAGAAGCUCCCUUUGAAAAUUGUGGUCCAACUUGCUCGGGAUUUAUCAAGAGGACUCAGCUAUCUGCAUUCAAAAAAGAUUGUGCAUCGUGAUGUUAAAGCUGAGAAUAUGUUGUUGGAUAAUAAUAAAACAUUGAAAAUUGCUGAUUUUGGAGUGGCUCGUGUUGAAGCUCAGAAUCCUAGAGACAUGACGGGUGAAACGGGAACUCUUGGCUAUAUGGCACCCGAGGUACUGGACGGAAAACCAUAUAACAGAAAAUGUGAUGUGUACAGCUUUGGAAUAUGCUUAUGGGAAAUAUACUGUUGUGAUCUUCCAUACACAGACCUUAGCUUUGCGGAAAUCUCCUCUGCUGUUGUUAGACAAAAUCUGCGGCCUGAAAUACCUCGGUGUUGCCCGAGUUCUCUGGGAAACGUGAUGAAAAAGUGCUGGGAUGGAAACCCUGAGAAAAGGCCAGACAUGGAUGAGGUUGUGAGAUGGUUGGAAGCUAUAGACACAAGCAAAGGAGGAGGCAUGAUACCUGAGGACCAGGCUGCCGGCUGUUUUUGCUUUGCUCCAACUCGCGGUCCUUGAACUCUUCUUUUCUUUGUCUACAAUUGUAUUUUCUUAUUUUUAUGUUUUGCCUGGGAUAAAAUAAUUUUAAUUUAGUUGUUGAUCAAUUGAUAAGGAGUGAGUGAGUUCUGUUGUUGUUAUUAUUAUUAUUAU